AUGGCCAGCGCCCUGAAGAACUUGUUCUCGGGCCGCCCGACGUUUCACAACCCCAUCUAUGGCGAGUCUCUGUACGAGCUGGCUCGCAAGGCCACAACGCGACAGAUCGACCUGCCUGACGAGGUCUUGAACCAGCAGAUUGUCCACAUGAUCAACGAGGAGCGCGCCACCCCCAUGGCAGCGGCGGACUCUGUGGCCAUCCUCAAGAAGCGCCUCAACAUGGAGCACCCUCAGAAGCAGUUCUUGUCCGUGGUGCUGACGGCCAAGGUGCUGCGGGAGGCUGGCGCGGCGGUGGGGCCCUACACGGAGGAGCUGCUGACGGAGGUGGCGCGUGUGGCGGCGCGCCCCAGCUACAACAGCCCCCAGGCCAUGCGCGCCAAGCAGGCCGCCAUGGAGGUGCUGCGCGACUACGGCCGCCUCGGACACGACGCCUUCAGGCAGGCCGUCGCGGCGCCCCCGCCCUACGCGCGCCCCGGCUACGCGCCCGGCGUGCCGCUCGGCGCCGCGCCGCCGGGGCCGCCGGGUGCGGCGCCGCAGCAGCGGGACCCAGCCUCCCUGGCCGCGGAGCGCCAGUCCCUGCUGGAUGAGAUCGUGCGAAUGGUGCACCAGGCCCACGGAUCCUGCGAGAUCGUCAACGAGAUUCUCGUGGCAGAGUCGGACGCGCCGGGCGCGGCUGGCGCUGGCGGCGCCGGCGUCGGCGGCGUGGGUGGGGAGGAGGCCAAGGCCGAGUUUGAGCGCGACAUGGUGGAGCAGCUGAGCGGUGACCUUACGGCCCUGCGCGACUCAUUCAACUCGUACCUGGAGCAGCUGGGCGGACUGCAGGGGCCUGACGCAGAGGAGGUGAUGGCCAAGGCGCUGGACGCGGUGGACUUGCUGGACCGCACCCUGGCUAAGGCCUCAGAGGCGCAGGAGAAGAGGCUGCUCGCGCCCCGCACACCCGCGGCGGCCGCCGCCGCCCCGCAGCCGCCGGCGCCGGCCCUGGCGGAGCCCACGCCGACGGCCGCCAACGGCGCGGGUGCGGCCGCGGGUGCAGCAGCUGCUACUGCUGCCGCGGCUGCCGCGGCGGCGGCCGUGACGGAGCGCGCCAAGAGCCUCAACCUCAUCGACUUUGACGACACGCCAUUGCCGGCCGCGCCGUCGGUGGCGGCGUCUGCAGCCCCGGCCACCCAGGACCCCUUCGCCCUGGGCUCACCCACCGGGUCGAUCGCAGCGCCCGCCACGGCGGCGGCAGCGCCGCCCGCGUCUGCGCCGGCGGCGGAUGACUCCGACCCCUUUGCUGUGCUGGCUGCCACCAGCAGCGGCGGGGCGCCCCCGGCCCCGGCGGCGACGGCGGCGCCGACGGCCGCCGCAGCCGACCCGUUUGCUGACGCGACGCCCGCGUGGGGCGCCCCCAGCGCCGCGGUCCCGGCCCCCGGCCCCGGCGUCGCGGCGCCGCUGCCCAUAUCAACAGCAGCGCCCAGCCCUGCCUUGUCGCCGGCGGCCGCCGCCGCCACUGCGGGGCUGACACACAUAGACCUCCCGGGCUCUCCCCUGAGCUCAACGCUGCAGCCACCGGCCGGGCAGCCGCAGCAGCAGCCGCAGCAGCAUCAAGCUUACCCCGGGCACCAGCCCUACCCCUCAGCGCAACCGUGGGGGGCGCCUACCGGUUACAACCCGCAGCAGCCUGUGCCCUACGGUUAUGGCGGUUACGCUGUCCAACCGACCGGCGGUUACAUGCCGCAGUACACCGGCGGCUACCCCAUGCAGCCGCAGUACACCGGGGGUUACAUGCAGCCGCCAGGCGGCGCUUACAUGGCGCAGCCGACCGGCGGUUACCCAGGCAUGAUACCGCAGCAGCAGCCGGGUGCCUACGGGGGAUACCCCGGCGCAGCGCCCUACGGGCAGCCCCAGCAGCAACAGCACCAACAGCAGCAGCAGCAGCAGCAGCCUCUGAACCCCUUUGGCGGCGGCCUGAGCAGCGGCAACCCGUUCGCUGCCCCGGCGCCCGCCGCGGCGGCACCCACCCCCGCAGGCGGCGCGGGCGGCGCGGCGCCAGCUGGCGGCAGCAAUCCGUUUGGGGGGCAGCAGCAGCAGGUCGACUCAGAGUGGGACCGGUUGUUCGCAAAGAAGUGA